CACAAACACAUAUAUAAGUUAGAUCUAUUACAACCCUUUUUCUAGAGCGAAUGGCGAGAGCGAGAGAGGGUGCUGGUUUUCGAGCGGGGUUUUCGACAGCCAGGGUGGUGGCUGGAAAGUUGGUGGCCAUUGAGGAAGGGCACUCUUCGAAUAAUGAUUUACGGUAAUCUGACAUGAAGAAAGGGUCAAUGGCAAUUGAGAUUGUGCCGGAUAAGGAGGAUGUCCAGUUGUUAGAGGCAGAUGUGGUGCCAGUGAACAUAGCUGAUAGGGUGGUUGAGCCAUCGACAGAAAAGGAUACCGAAGUGGUGAGGUUGCACUCCAGUCCUAAUUUGGUUUUACAGUUUUCUCCUACAGAGGAGGAGGUUGCUUGGUUGAAGAAAAGCAUGGUUGCCGUGGGAUGUCUCGAGGAGUUUUUCAAGUGUAAUAGUGAUUUGGUAGAGUCAUGGUUCGAAUGGAUACACCCAACUUCUCUAUCGACUAUGCCUUCAAGAAGUAGAAUGGUAUGGCUUAGAUUUGCUGGCGUUCCAUUGAAAGCAUGGAGUGGGAGAUGUUUCACAGGGUUAGGAGCUUUAUUGGGAGAGGUGAUACUCGUUAAUGAAGACACGAAGAGCAAAUCGUUUUUAAGUGAAGGUAGAGUGUUGAUUUUGAGUGAUAUGCAGAGCAAAAUUGCUAAUAGAAUUGUUUUAAUGGUGAAUGGUUCUAAAUUUUCCGAUGACGGUUACGAUGAUGACGGUUACGAUGAUGACUUAAAUGUGGCCCGGUUUUCAGGCGAGGAUGAUGGGAAUAUUGAUGAAGAGUUUGCGGGAGAAGCGGACAAAUCACGGGAGAUGGGAAUCAGAUGGGUCACGGCACGAACCAGAAGUCGAAAAGAAAGAAGGAAGCAGCUACUGCGAGAGGAGAAGAGGCAGGAUUUUCGGCAAGCUAGUGCUUCAUUGUCCGAUUGCUGUAUAAAACACAGAAAUCGUCUGAUUCGAAGGGAAUUAGAGCUGGAGGAAGUGAGAAGGUUGUUCGAAUUGGGGAAAAGAUUGGGUAUUGAAUGUCAAAAUAAUCAGGAUGAAGUGAUGUCCAGGCUCGUAUCGUUAGAGGAAAGAGAUACAGCCGGUUUCGAGAAGGCCUGAAGCUGGGGGCGGUGUUUAUGCUGGUGAGUGUGGGUAUGUAUUUUCUAUUAUGAAGUUGAUUUCUUUUAAUGUUAGGGGUCUAUGUAAUUUGUUAAAAAAGGAAGGAGGUUCUUCGGUUGGUUAGGAAGAAGAAUCCUAAUGUUGAAAAUCUUGCAUGUGGGUUCAACACGGGGUUUGUAUCCAACUUAAAAUCAAUUAGCAAUAAAUAGAGUAGUCCUCC